CUAGCAAACUUAUUACAGGGUAUACUAGCAUGCAAGAGGAAAUCAGCAGGCUUUGUGUUUAGAGGCAUCACACUUUGCAAUAACUAACUGUCCUAAAGAUAGGCCUUUAUGACCACUGAAACAUUCUUUAAUUAGACCAGAGGUAAGAACAGGAUGUCAAAAGUCUCUUUGGCAGAGAAGGUACUUCUGAAGUAUUAGUCUUUAUGGUUAGGUCUUUUGUAAUGUGGAGACAACCCAGCAACCUUCAUUUGUUGCUAAUCUGCUAAUAAGAAACAAAGAUGAGUUUAACCGAAGGUCCCAUUAAAGACGACGUGAUGGCGUGGGAGCCAAAAAAGUUAGCAGACUACAUGAGACAGCUCAAGUUAUUCGGCUGUGACAAUGUAGUGUUGAAGAGGGGCAUUACUGGAGCACAAUUUCUGCAUAUGAUCCAGUGUGAUCUUCAUGUGUUCCCAAUCACCUACGUUCCAAUACUGGCAAAAGUUCAAAGAGAUCUCAAUAGGCAAGAAAGGAGGAAGUAUUUUGGUUCCAAAUCUAAGAAAAGCAAUCAUUUGACAGAAGUGCGUGGUGAAAAAGUCUGUGAUGAGCUUGACAGUGAAAGUGACUAUGAGGAGUUUAACGAGGACGCAGGAGAUGGAAACUACGUCGUUCCUCUUACUAAUCCACUCACAGCAGAUAAUCUGCAUAAAGCCAAAGAAAGAGAAGCUCACAGGCUUCAUCCAGUCUUUUCACUGCCUGAACCCCAGAGGGUGUCUAAAGUUCCCUGCCUUCCCACAGCUCACUCAUCUAAUUUUCAACUGGCCGCAAAUAAGAAGCCGGAAAAAGCUCCGGUUCCCCAGAGAGCCUUUUCACGCUUAACAGAGGGCAGUGUUGCUUUGGAUGCUGGCUCACUGUCCAGGAGGCGCCCACUACCAACAGUCCCGCAGCUCCGUGUGUCUAACAGGGCAAAUAAUAUAACUCCACAUGUUCCUGUACCAAUAUCAGACGUUCUGUCAAACCAAUCAAUAAGAACAACAGGACAUGUCAAUAAGCAACAUGUACAGAGUUUGGAUCCCAGCUGGUACAAGGGAAAGAUAACUCGAGAACAGGCUGAAGUUUCUCUCAGGGAGGUGAACAAGGAUGGAGCAUUCUUAGUGAGGGACAGCUCACAAGGCUCAGCACAUCCCUACACUCUGAUGCUGCUAAAUCAAGGCAAGAUUUUCAACAUUAAGAUCCAGAGACAAAAUGACUUCCAUUUUCUCGGAAAUGGCACAAACAACUCGAAGAGUUUCCUCAGGGUGAAGGAGAUGAUUAUCCAUCACAUGAACACCCCGCUGCUGCUCAGAGACGCCACAGACCAGUGCUCUCAGGAGCAGCCGCAGUGCUGUCUGCUGCACCCUGCGGGACUCUGACCACGCCAGCAGCAGACUUAAUAUUACCUCUGCUCCUCACGCCUCAGGUUAGGCUCAAAGUCCGGUCUGCUGCUGCUUCACCGCCUCUGGGAUUUUCUUUGGAGAAAUGCCUUUUUGUCAGGGUGGCUAACAGAGAUGAUCAGAUCGCAUUGCUUCAGAUGGGUUCGCACUGCAGAGAGAAACCCAGUAUCAUUUGUCACUGUAGCCUCGGGUCAAUGGCAACUGCUAUUGCAGCUAAAACAAUCCGCGUAGGGAAAAAUGUAAUUGUAUACACAGUGUAUCUUUUUAUUCCCUCCUUCAAUUACAAACUGCAUCAGGCUGUCAUGUCUGCAUGACUCAGAUUUGCUGGACUUCAUUUGCUCGCUGACAUCUUUCUGAUCACUUGUUACUUCCUUGUCAGUGUGACUUACAGUGGAUGAUGCUUUUGUAUACAGACGGGUACAAACAAAUGAGCUUGCACAGAAAAAGCAACACAUGCACAUAUAAUCAUGUCUAAGAAGGUCUAAGGAAUUUAAGAUUUGACUUGACAAAAAAAAAAGUUUUAAAAGUAUAGUGUCAUGCUAAACCAUUUACUCACCCUGCAUUUUUUAUUGAUCUUUUGUCGCAGCCUUACCAGUAACUAUGGAACUUUAUGUGAUAGAUCAACACAAGGUAGCACAUCUAUAUUCUGUUAAAUAAAAUUUUGCAUAGCUUAUCUGCAGAGUUACACAACUCAAGUGGGAGAAUCUGCUAACAGAUGUCGCAAUUAUUUGUCUUAAGUUUUAUUUAAGAGUGGGGAUAAGAAAGUCAUUGCUGAAAGAAAGGCAUAAGACUUAGAGUUGGACACAAGCCAUGCAGCGAACACAGAAAAACAUGUGAAAGAUGGUGUUCUGGUUGGAUGGACUUUUGACCUAUAUGCAAAACCUUGUGUGGCAAAAAACUGCACAGUGCACAUAGUUAUAAACACACCAUUCCCACUAGGAAACAUGGUACUGGCAGCAAGGAUAGGGAAACUGAUCAUACUUGAUGGAAAGAUGGAUGGACCUUAAUAAAAAGCAGUUAUGGAAGAAACCAUAUUAGAGACUGAAAAACAAUUUGGUUUACUUUCCAAGCUGGCUCAAAAUAUAAAGCCAGAGGGUCCAGAUCAAAGCAUUUCCAUCUGUUAGUACAUCUUAGUUGAGAUCCAGACCUGAAACUAGAUUUAAAAAAAAUCUGUGGGAAAGCCUAAAACUUGCUGCUAACAGAUGUUCUCCAUCCAAUACAAAGAAAAAGAAUUAGAUAUGUCAGCCUCGGUAUGUGCAACGCUGGUAAUAACACUCACUGAAAACUUGCUGCCGUGAUUUCAGCAGGAUGGAAUUCUACAAAGUAUUCACCCAGGGAGGCUGAAUACAAAUGCACAGCACUAUUAUUAAUC